AAUAAGUGACUUACAAGCAAGUGAAGGCUUGUACACGUCCGUCUAUUGUUAAACUUUAUAUUUAAUUUAACGUGUCGGUGUUUUAGCGGGGUAGGAACGUGAUGUUUUGGUCUCUCUCCUCUUCAGCCGCUACGUUACAUUGUACUACAGAGCAGUGAUGCGUUGUCAUUUUAGUUGCUGUUUGUGAGAUAAUUGUACAGAAAUAAAGAGCAUACUGCUUUAAUGUGUUGUUCCAGAACUAGCCUAAUCACGCCGUAUUUGGCAGUGACUCUGUAUAUUAGAGGAAGUUACUGAAUGCAAAGGUCUUUAAUUCCCUUUGGCACGUUUUAAUAAUUUUAGGAUGCCGAUUUAUUUGGAAGAAGUCAUCUGUUGAUAAGGAACCCUAAUUUCGGGUCAGUCAUGUGUGCGAACAAGCCAGCAAGGCAUUACAAUUCAAAUAGUGGAUUAUUGGAAUGAAGUUUGGCUCCAGAUGAUUUAUCGUGUGUUCCAUUUCAUGCUAAAGUGCUGCUUUUAUUAAGUCACUCACUGUGGAUGAAAGUCACUGCUCACCUCUGAAAUCCCGUGCACGUGCAUCUCGUGACAACAUCAAAUACUUGCUAUUUACCAUCCACACCGACUCCUGGUUUGGACAUCUGGCUUUCCGUAGCACCUCGUCUCUGCUUUUAUUACCGUGUUCUCUUCAUGUGGCUGAUGUAGUGGAACUUGUUGUUUAAUUAGUUCUUUACGUCUUUUAAACUAUUUAAUUGUUUAAAACAAUUAUUUUAAAAAUGGUCUAAAUGUGUCUAAAGCUUCGUCACACAUCCACUGAUUGGAGAAUAGAAAAACGUCACAGCUCGUGACAAACAAAAUAAACACUGUGCUGUUAUUUGUGUUGUUAUUUAUAAACGGACGUGAGGAGAUGCCAGCAUCCUCAGAAAGGUUUGGCCUGCUUUAAAAUGACAAACUGGCAUUUAGGGUUGACCCCGCCUUCCAAGUGAGUCCAACUGGUGAUCAAAGGCUGAUCCUAUGCUUAUGAAGCCCUGGUUGUAGCAAAUUAGUCUGCAACGAGGUUUUCUUGCAUCAAAGGUCUUGUUAGGUUUGCAGCAGGUUCGAUGCUCCAGCUAAGGGCGUCUGAAGAAGACAGCAGUUGUGAAGUCUCCCAGGUCAGGCAGGUGGUGCUACUAAACAAUGACACAGUCCUUGACACGAUGCUCUGCCAGGAGAUGUACAAGAAAGUCAUCAACUGCAGGGGAGGUUGGGGCAUCGCGGGCACCCCUCUACAUGCGGCCGUGUCUAAAGGCCACCUCAGCUGCCUCCACGUCCUGCUAGCCCACGGUGCGCUAGUAGACUGUGUGGAUGUGAAGGCCCAGACUCCUCUCUUCGCAGCGGUUAGGGGCAAAUAUCUGGACUGUGUUUUAGCUCUCCUCAGAGCCGGGGCCAACCCCAACGGGAACUCCUCCAACAAUGGCUCCCCGGUCCUCACAGCAGCGCGGGAGGGUGACGUGGAGAUCCUGAAGCAGCUGCUGAUCCACGGUGCUGAGGUGAACUCCCGCUCUAAGGUCCUACUCUGGACUUCCAGCGCCAGGGUAACCAGCGGGCCGCUGUACUUGGCCGCUGUUUACGGACACAUGGAGUGCUUCAGGCUGCUGCUCCUCUACGGGGCCGACCCGGACUACAACUGCGCAGACGCCAAGCUGCUGAGCUCCAUCAAGCAGCCUAAAACGGUGCUGGAGAUGUGCCUGAGACACGGCUGCGGCGUGGAGUACAUCCAGCUGCUGAUCGACUUUGGAGCGAAUGUCUACCUCCCCACGCUGAUCAUCGAGAAGUCCACCAAGCAGAACGAAGCUGUGGAGCUGCUUCUGAGGGAGAGAGGAAAUCCCAAAGCCUUGACCUCCCAGUGCCGACUCGCUGUGCGACGAUACCUCAAAAAGAUUGACAAGAUCCAUUGCAUCGACCAGCUGGAAAUGCCCACAAGUCUCAGCAACUUCCUGCAACAUAAACCCUUCCCAGCCCCGCUCUGUGAAGAAGGAGCUUUAUUUUAGGUCCGUCUGCGUUGGAAAUUUGUCUUAACAUGUCUUUAGUCCCUCUUCUGUUCACUUGUUAUAUUAAACAUGUACGUUUGUUGUUUCA